AUGCGCUCGCAGAUUGCAUGCACCAGAUGUCGCCGAAGCAAGACCAAGUGCGAAAACACCGGUCAGGGCACGACGUGCAAGGCCUGCGCGAAUACCAACCGCGACUGUACCUGGGACCACGCGGCUGUCGCAAGCAGCACAGGAUCUGUGCGCCGCGAUAGCACGGCCGAUUUUGAUGCCCCGCCCAAGAAGCGACGCAAGUUGCUAGCACCAACAUCGACUACAGCGCAACGCUCGGUAGAAGGCUUGGGCUCGCCUGAAGAUGCUCUUCAAUCACCAUUGCUUACUUCCCAGGUCUGGGAAGAGUUGUUUGACAUCUAUGAGAAGCAUUUCUCUACCGACUUCCCCUUCUUGCAUAAGCGAACUUUCCUCAGCUCUGUGCGGCCGCCGCCUUCAUCUGGCAGCUCAUCUGAAGUUAAGACUCCGACUCAAGCUCCAACGCCGCGCGUACAAGAAGGCAAGAAUCCACCGUGGUGCGCAACGACUGGCUUCAAGAAAUUGGAGGACAAACUCAAGCAGCUGAAGCGCGACCUUCCUGAUCACCUCCAGCUGACCUCGGACAACAACGACGACCGUAGCUACAACUCGCCUGGCAAAUACGUCGCGAUACAUGCAAUGUACACAUUGUGUUUUGUGUGGUUGUACAGAGAGUACAUGCCCACAUCACCAUGGACGUUGACGUAUCCCCGCGGCCCGUUGGAUGAGCCACUAAUUGAUGAGAAACCCCCUGACCCUGACUACUGGAUCAAGCAAGCCAAAGACUGUUGGAAAGCCUGCCUCGACUUCACAACACUACUUCAUACUAUCGAGAACUCACAAGUUCAUAGCAAUUUAGUACAAACACCAACGGUAGCUUUCUCUUGUUUUGCCGUUGGAAUAGGCACCAUCUACUGCCACUACUUUCCUCACAUGGACCCGGACGACGCCCUCUCAUCUCGUAAAGACCCUAGAGCCCAUGAUAUCGCAAACGGCUUCCUACUACGCAUUCUGAGUCGCUUCAAGAUGGCCCGCUCGUGGCUCAGUCAACUAGCAGAAUGGCAAAGAUAUUACCGCCGCGAGAGGAAGAAGUACCGAGAGCUAAGCGGCCAGAUCGAUGAUUCUCCAAAGAGCAACUCCAGCGAUGGCGUCGCUAGCGGUGGGCUGAAAGACUACGCGCAGCUCUUCGAGAGGACGCACAAGCAGUUCGGUGACAUUGCUAACGCUAACGACAACGACGGACAAUGGCCCGACAGGGAUAAGGACCUCGCGGAUACGAGACUGCCGCAUGACGAAGACUCCGCAGAGCGCACGUUGCCUACCAGCGCCGCUUCGGUCAAGCAUGAGAUGCAAGGCGCGCCGGAGGAAAAGUCCAGUAACCAGUCCGGCUUCACUGCCGUCAACCACAAUGGUCAACAAACACCUCCAGCUCCUCCUCCAGUCACCCAACCAUCAACCUACGCGCACGGCGGCCGUACACCUUCUUAUGAUCAAAACUCUCACAUGCGCGCCACGGCACUGACAUCACCACAACAACCCUACCCAGCAUACCAGUAUCCCAAUACUCAGCAUUCCCUGAGAAGUCCCUUCCAACAGCCUGACCCCCACCAAUCGCCUGUGUCAGCCCCCGCAUCUGUCCCGAUACACGGUGUGUACCAACCAUGGCCACAAGCACGUCCACAGGAGAUCCAGGAGCAAAAGGUCAACAUGGAGAUUUGCGGCGCUGCUACUUUCCCCAAUGGCUGGGCUGGGGAUGUCAUGAUCGGUGAUAGUGCUCAAGACUUUAAUAAUUGGGGACAAUAUGGCUUUCCGACUAUUCCGGACAACUCGGGGUAUUAUCAGUCUGGGUAUUCGUAUCCGCCGCAGUAG